CAACAACAGAGCAUCUUAAAUAUUUGCCGCUGGGUGCUCUUCCUGCCAUCAUCAUCAUCAUCAUCACCACCAUCAUCAUCAUCAUCGUCAUCACCAUUAUCAUCAUCAUCAUCAUUGUCGUUGUCGCCAUUUCCCUAAGAGCAGUACUCCUCUUUCAGUGUCAUGACAUUCUACUUCUAAUCCCUUCUGCAUCAUACUGAGCUACCCAUUUUGGAGGCAUCUAACCAAUCUCCCAUAAUGAGCAACACAUUCAGUUGUACGCAUAAGAGCCGCAUAACAACAUUUAUGCAACUUGUGUCCUCUGAUGGUUCAUUUAGGAUGUUAUUAUGGCAUGGAUCUCGUUUGACCAACUGGGUUGGUAUUUUAAGUCAAGGAUUGAGGAUAGCUCCCCCAGAAGCACCAGUCACUGGUUAUAUGGUAAGUUAAUAGCCUGUUACAACCUUGCUGAUUUAUACUGUUUGGAUUUCAAGUGCACAGUUUAAAAUGGUCUUUGAUAUAUUCUUCUUAAUGCUUUACUUCAUUAGUUUGGCAAAGGAAUCUACUUCGCGGACAUGUCAUCUAAGAGUGCAAACUAUUGUUUUGCCACUAGGUCAAAGAAUGUUGGCUUAAUGCUACUCAGUGAGGUCAGUAUGCCUUGUUUGUUGUGAAGUCCACCUCCAGAAUAAAUGAAUAACAUUUACAACAUUGGGCUGUUUAUCUCAGGUGUGACGUUUCAGUGUUGGGAACACUUGGGUUGACCUCUGCAUUUGGUGUUGUCCACAUGUGAUGUUCCCCAUACUGAGGCCAGCAGCUAUGCAUUUUUUUUUUGUAAAUCAAGAAUGCGUUUACAUAAUAAAAGAUUUCAACUCCCCAGGGUUUGCACAGAGUCUUGAAUUCUUAAAAAGUCUGGAAAAUAUAGAUAAAGUCUGGGAAAAUGGUAAAAAGUCUAGCUUGAGCUACCUUAUUCUCACUUAAUUUGGCAUGUAUUAAAUUUUGCGAAAAAUCAUGAGCCAUAUUUCGCGAGUAUUUAAUUUCGCGAUUUUUCAGGGAAAGGUAUAAUUGGAGUGUAUCAAAUUUCGCGUUUUUUCUAUUCUUUAAUAACUUUGACGUCAGAACAGUGACAACAGAAUUAAUAAUUUAAUCGUAAACAACAGCAAGGAUGAAAAAAGAUGGAACAAAACAGAUGGAAAGUUUGACGACUGCAUUAGCGGGAUUUUGAAGAAUUUAGCAGCAGAGGACAGUUCGAACAGCCAGAUUGAUGCGGCAGAAGGCUGAUGGACAAAAUCAAACAAAAAACUCCUAAACUUGAAACUGAGACAUGUUGGAAUAUUAUUAAUAACUAAUAAAGAAAAAGCUUGAAUUUCGUUAUUUUAUGGAUUAAGUGAGAAUAAGGUAAUAAGCUGUUGCAACAUUUUGCCCUUUCGGUAGACUAUCCCUUAUCCCUACCUUCAAACUCUAUACUCAAACUGGAUUAUAGUCCAUUUUCACGAUGACGACAUUUCACCAGUACUUCCAGAAUUCAUUUCGUUUUUGCUUCUAAUUUAAAUUUGUUAACCCCACUGAGGUCUAAACACCAAUAGUCCUAGUUUGCACAAGAAAACGACAAACUGAAGGAUUCUAACAAAAGGACGUCAUCUUGCCAUUGUCCUGUUGAGGCUGCUUUUAAUUUUGGACAAAAUCUUGUGACGAUGAACUGACCCGUCACGUUGGCGAAACGCCUUAAUACGGUAGCGCACAGGACGUGGGCGAAAUGACCGUAAAUCGUGUUAAUAGGAUGUGCUAAUUAAUUUUGCAGGUCUCCCUUGGAAAGUGCAAUGAGCUUCUUGCAGCAGACUUCAGUGCGGAUAAGUUACCAACUGGCUGUCAUAGUGUUAAAGGAAUGGGAAAAGUGGCUCCUGAUCCAAAUGACACUCAUACAAUGUAGGUUUUUGUUGAUGAUAAGAAGUGGUAGUUGAAACUAAGCCUAGAAUGAGAGCAUUGUCUUCAGGUGUACUUUCCCAAGUAACAUGCCUAAAGACGGAAAUCGGUAGUUUCGAUACAAGUCGUUUCGGUACGACUGAACUCAGACAGUGAAACUGCACAACAAUUUUCGAUCACUUCAAGUAUAGUUUGGGCGUUAACAGGAAAAACAUUUGGGAAGAAAAUUUCGUCGUUCUUUGAGUCAAGUACGAGAAACUAUUUACACCUCGACUAAAUCAAGUUGUAUGGAAACUCCCGGUAACCCGAGAGACCCAACUGGGAUGAAGUAUUCAUCGCUGGCGAAAUCGAUUCUGGCAAAGUUAACAAUAAGAAUGGGAGAGCAACUCUUACCCUUAUCUAUCCAGUUUCGGAUACAUUUGGUGAGAAAACGCGCUUUUCCUGCCUCCAAUUCUACCCCCCAAGGGCUUGCUCGCGCGCCAACACUUUUUGUGGCAAGCCGUGAAAAAUACGUAGUUGAGCGUUCAAGUAUUAAGUGCGAUAUCCAGCAAUCUGAAAAUCACUAUUAAAUCAUACUUGUCCUUUCAAACUUUAGACAGUCUUGGUGUCAUUUGACACUACCCAGUUAAUACGAGCCAACUCUUUUUAUUGUUUCAAUUUAAGGCGUGAUGGCGUUGUAGUUCCUUAUGGGAAAAGCCUAGACACCGGAGUUUUGAAUCCGCGUGGAUACACUCUCCAGUAUAAUGGUAAAAGCAAUUUUUGUUUUUGUUUUUGAGGAAACUAGUAGAGUGUGCAGCUUGUUUGUUUGUUUGUUUGUUACCAAGUCAUCGUGGAACACUUGAAAAACUAGUUACCCCAUAGCCUGCGGUAUAGGCAAUUUUUGUGGUGGGGGAUGGGUAGUGGGCGGUGUUGUGCUAGGGAAGGGAAUAUCAAAAUUCAAUUCGCUCGGGUUGUUAGUCAUUAAUCGCAUUGAUCGCUUUCUCUGGACUUCCCAGCCUUCUUUAAGGUGAUUCCCUUGUUUUGCACUGCGCAUCUCUUACUGCGCAUAACAAGAUGGCCGCCGUAAAACAGAGCAUGUGAAGUAACAUUAUUAAAAUGAAGUUGACUGAAGAGAAACGCUAUUGGAAUUUUUGCUUGCGGUUUUUUCUUGCCGAGGUGAUACUCAGUGUGUUGGGAAUGUGCAUAACGUAGGCAGUACGCGUGUUGCUGAGUUCGACUUCCUCACGGAGAACCUCGAUAGUGGAUGUUUAACUUGUGCUUACUCAAUUUGAUUUUUAUUAAAACGCUUUCUUUAUCACAUUGUAUCCUAAAUGUGAUAUCUCGAAGUAAAUUCUGUAAAAACAGAUUUUUUAAUACUUUCUUCCCCUUUUCACAUACAUUCUAUUUUGAAACUCGCCCCAGUCCUCUCUCAAAACUCGGAGAAAAUGCAUUUGAUGUGCACUUUCUGCAGCUCUACCGCAAAAACGAGUACGGUGACCCCCAUUUUUUAUUUCAUGAUUUUAAUAAGGACAGUGCUUCCUUUCGAUGAGAAAAAAAUUGGCACAAAUCUAUGUUCAGUUUUUUGGCAAUUUUACUAAAUUUUACUGAUUGAGCUAUCACGGGUCGAAUAGCGCGUGUCCAAUUCAAUUCUACUUUGGAGCGUAAAAUAAAAACAGGAGCAUUAAAAGGUAUUUUUCUGGUAUGUAAGUGGAUAAACAAUACCAUAAAGUCAAAUUCUGUGCGAUACCACAUGCAUCAUCGAAAAAAUCUCUCGUUUUUGUCUAGUUUUGGGCUGCGCGCGGUUUUUGACAAAGGGUCCAAAAUAGCCGUAUUUCUCAGCAUUGUGACGUCAAAACGAGCACGGUGACCCCCACUUUUUAUUACUUUUUUAUCAUCUUCUUGACUUGUUACAUCAGUGUACCAAGUUUCAUCUACAAUCUAUGUUAGGUUCUUUUACUAGGGAAUCACCUUAAGUUUCACAAUCAAAGGUGGCGACUGUAGAAAAAAAUGACUUUCGGUCGACUGAAAAAUUAGCCCACAUUUUACGCUAGUUUUCCUUAGGUUUUCUUUCCAGGAAAUCCCCACUAAUAGACCCUUGUCACGAGGCGGCCAUUUUGUCUCAGGAGAUUUCAAAAGCUUUGUUUAUGCACGGCUAGCCUCGUUCUCUCUACGAGGCUAGCCGUUCAUAAACAGAGCUUUUUAAAUCUCCUGAGACAAAAUGGCCGCCGCGUAACAAAGGUCUAUUCCUCAACUUAGUUGGCUGACGUGCUUGCUAGUUAUCAACUAAUUGCAACAUAACAUUAAAAGGCUUUGUUGCUUGUAAUGAGACCGAGAGUCUGGAGACACAAAUUAAAAGACAACCCCCCUCCCUCCCCCCCAAAAAGGAAAUCUGCCCAUUCAGAGAACCAUUCCGUACAGUAGGUCAGGUAUUAGUGACGAAGCGAAAUGGAGCCUAGCCUGCAUUAUCUCUUGAUUUAUCUUGUGCCUCUCUCCCUUAACUUACAGAGUACAUAGUUUACAAGACAACUCAGGUCAGUUAAAAGUUAUUUUCUUGUGACCGUUUUCUUUUGUACUAAAACGAGAUGGAUUUUUUCUGAAUCUCAGCAGCAUUGAUUCCUUUUGUGUUUUUCUUUACCGUCUAUGCUUGACUUUAAGCAACUCUGACAACUCUAAACACCUUGUCUAGGCUAUAGUCUGUCUUGACACUGCUCACAGGAAAUAAAGUUUAGAUACGCCAGUUGGUCAAGUUGAAGGCGCUUAGAGCGCGGUUUUGUUAAAAAGCCGCUAAACGGCCUCUUGGCUGCUCAGUCUUCUGUUUUAUCGUGGAUUAAACAGGUUAGUAGAACAUUAAAACGUUGCUGUUAUUGCCUUAAUUAGUUAUGUUCUUUCCUGUUUCAGGUACGAAUGAGGUACUUGGUGAAAGUCAAGUUUAACUUCAAAUAA